UGUUCGUGCUGCCAAGAUGACUAUCCUCGUUCAGCAACCUCAGCCUGAGCUGGGAAUUCAGGAGAAAGUGGCAAAGAAGGUGGAAGAUGGUGGCUUCAUUGUGCCUGAAAGCAAUGCUUUUGGCAACACUUUCAGGGAUUAUAGUGCAGACACUGAAAGAAAGGAGAUCGUUAAGGAGCUCUAUCGGCAGAGCCACAUUAACCAAACCUAUGAUUAUGUGAAAGAAAUGAGGGAGAAGUAUAGGAAGCUGGAUCGGGUGGAGAUGAGCAUAUGGGAAUGUUGUGAGCUUCUGAACUCGGUUGUGGAUGACAGUGAUCCCGAUCUUGAUGAGCCCCAGAUCGAGCAUUUGUUGCAGACUGCUGAAGCCAUCAGGAAAGACUAUCCUCAAGAGGAUUGGCUGCACUUGACUGCCCUUAUCCAUGAUCUUGGGAAAGUUCUGCUGCUGCCAAGCUUUGGAGGGCUUCCUCAGUGGGCUGUUGUUGGUGACACAUUUCCUCUUGGUUGUGCAUUUGAUGAGUCCAAUGUUCAUCCGGAGUUUUUCAAGGAGAACCUUGAUUACAACAACCCUGCUUACAACACCAAGUAUGGGGUUUAUUCUGGGGGGUGUGGGCUGGAGAAUGUGCUCAUGUCUUGGGGACAUGAUGACUACAUGUACUUGGUGGCUAAGGAAAACAAGAGUACUCUACCAAAUGCUGGGCUGUUUAUCGUCCGAUAUCAUUCCUUUUAUCCUCUGCACAAGUCUGGAGCAUACACACACUUGAUGAAUGAUGAGGACCGCGAGAAUCUCAAAUGGCUCAAGAUUUUCAACAAGUAUGAUCUCUACAGCAAGAGCAAAGUGAGGAUCGAUGUCGAGAAAGUGAAGCCAUACUAUGAAUCUCUCAUUAAGAAGUACUUCCCAGAGAAGCUCAAGUGUUUGGUGUAUUGAAAGGGAGUUUAAUACUUCCAGAAUAAU